CAUGAUUAUACCAUUGCAGAACAGAAUGAUCUUAUAAAAUCUUUGCAAGAAAGAGUAAACCAACUCCAAGAUAAUAAUAUUCAAGAAAAUUUUUCAAUAAAAUCCGCAUCAAAAAAGAAAGGCAUUCACACAAAAUUAAUAACUACUGGAUAUCCAAGACAAUCUACCGAUAAUUCUCCUACAACACCAAGUCCAACUAUACCGCCACCAAGAACACCAACUACUCCGAGAAAUAUACCAAAUUCCAACUCUGAUCUUUCUGCUGAAUUCCAAAAGCUUCUCAAAAAAGCAUCAGUUAUUGAAAAUGAAACUUCGGAAAGUAGAAAACAUGUAGAAUCGUUAGAAUCAAAUGUAGCUGAUAAGGAAGCAAACCUUGCAAUAGCUAAAGAUCAGCUGUCAAUCCUUCAAAAAGAAAAACAAGAUUAUAUGGAGUUAAUUAAGAGUUUGAGUGAGCAACUGAAUGAAGCUCAAGCGCAAAUUGAAAACGCGAAGUAUAGCGUUCAAGAAGAACAUAAAGUUAUGGAAAAUAUUUUGGACGAAGAGAGAAAGGCUAAAGUUAAAGCAGAGAAAGCAAGACAGGCACUUGAAACUCAAAUGGAACAAAUUAUGAAUAAGAAAAGAAG